AUGGCUAACAACGAUGAUGUCACUAAUCUCCAAAGCCUUGAGCCUCAGCUUGAUAAACAUGCACAAUCGCUUCUCUGUGCGGAAAGUAACCAAAUUUUUACGGUUGGAAACGCUAACAAUGAACAUGAUCCUUGCAAUGGUGGAGAUCUACCAACACAUGUGAACAACCAAGAACGCCAAUUUUAA